AUGGUGACUGAGUUAAAGACUUUCUGGACGUGGAACUUCGAGUUCAUCCUAGCUCGCCCUUUGAACAACCUACAUCUGGCUGAAGCACACCUUGCACAGCUUGUUAUCCAAAUGCGGGAUUGCAGAGUGCAAUAUGACAUACUGUCUACCUACAAUGCCACUGCUUACAGUGAUAUCACAUUUUCCCUCGGUGAAGCAUACCUUAGAACCGCAGCAGGUGAUAACAGAAGACCUUCUGCCAAGCAGUGUGUACUGGGAAUUGCAAUCCUAGCAAAUUCUGCCAACCCAUAUAUGGAAAGCCCGAUUUUCAGCCGGAAGAGCGAUACUCCUGGUACUUCUGCCCCUGCUACUUCUUCUCGCGCUCUCCCUUACUCCGUGCCCAUCAAGAACCACACCGUAUUUUUCAGUGAGAAGGAAAACGCGACAGACUCCGUCGCUGUGACCAAAAUCAUCAAGUGGCUAACCACCAAUGAAUUUUUCCAAGGUGAAGGUGUUGGUGGCCAAUGGGUCGAAAAGACUAAAGCCAUUUUCGAAGGAAUCUGGCACGACAAAGAAGUAAUCAUCAAAUGCUGGGAUUAUUUCAAGAUGAGCGAGAUCGGGCUUGAACUAAUCUCAUUAUAUAGUCUACUGAAACCAGCUAAUAAGGUUCUAGCUACCGGAAUGAACGCGCCAUCUACCUGA